AUGAAAUCUGUUUUUGCCCUCGCUGCGGUCGUCGCCGCCAGCAGUGUCCACGCUCUACCAGAACAGCUCGAGAAACGGGCGGAGGUUAAUGAGACCGACAUCCUCAACUUCGCGCUCACUCUCGAACAUCUGGAGAACGCGUUUUACACGGGCGGGCUUGCCAAAUACAACGAGUCGGCCUUCAGCUCGGCCGGCCUGGUUCAUACCGCCCGCGACUAUCUUGUGCAAGUCGGCGAGCACGAGAAGACGCACGUCCAGUUCCUCACCGAGGCGCUUGGGUCCAAAGCCACUCAACCGUGCAACUACAGCUUCCCGUACACAGAUGCAAAGUCAUUUGCUGCUCUAAGUCAGAUGUUGGAAGGCGUCGGCGUGUCUGCUUACACCGGUGCCGCGUCACUGCUCACUACGAAGGCAUAUAUUACCGCAGCGGCCAGUAUCUUGGCCACAGAAGCGCGGCAUUCAGCUCUCAUCUCCCAAGCGAUCAACGGUUAUACACCGUGGUCGGGGGCUUUUGACGUGCCCCUCGGCGUGAACCAAGUUUACAGUUUGGCUGCAGCUUUCAUCACUUCGUGCCCCUCUUCGAACCCAGCGCUCCCUGUGAAAGCUUUCCCUUCCUUAAAUGUCACGACAUCCAACCCCAAGCCAGGCUCCAACAUCACCCUCCAAUUCAACGCGACUAGCGCUACUAACGGAAGUAGCGAAUUGUACAUGGUGUUUUUCACUGGGCUUAACAAGGAGUUCGCCAAAAUCAUGAACAAGACGGUCACUAUCCCCGCUGAUUUAAGAGGCACGGUGUACGGCUUGGUGUCGAAGAAUGCCACGAACGCGACGGAUAACGACAUUGUCGCCGGCCCCGCCAUUCUGCAGUUCAACUUCGAUGCGUCCGGUAACCUCACUUCCGCGUAG